AUGUCUCUUCAUGACCAUUUGAACGAGGUGUCGUAUCCUAGUCUUCGGGUGCUGGGAAGUACCCUGGUCCUAUCGUAUAUAGUCUUCACUGUCAUAUACCGGCUCCAUUUCCAUCCUCUGGCAAAGUUUCCGGGGCCAUUCUGGGCUCGUUUGACUGUGUUCCCGUCAUGGUGGCAUACUCGUAUGGGGGAUCGCCACAUCUGGCUUUACAGUCUCCAAGAAAAGUACGGUAUUGAGUUCCGAUACCGACCUGACAGCGUCUUGAUAAACACUCCUUCUGCAUAUAGGAAGAUCUUUGGUCCCACUGGAAAUGUGAGGAAGGCCGACUAUUACAAAGUAUGGCCGCGCAACGUUAAUACACAUAACACUUGGAACACGACAAGCAUCGACAUGCACUCCCGCAAGCGACGGGUUAUGAAUCAUGCCUUCUCUGAGAGCGCUUUAAGAUCAGCCGAGGGUUUUCUUCAUACCAAUAUUGACCGAUGGCUUGAGCUCCUUGGGGCGCUGGCUGAGACAGAUGGCGACUGGACAGCAUCCUUGAACAUGUGCGACUGGAUGAAUUGGCUUGUGUUCGACAUUCUUGGGGACCUAUGCUUCGGACAGUCGUUCGGCAUGAAAGAGCCAGAUAGCAAGCUACGCCAUGUGCCUGAGAUGAUGGUCGAGUACCUGAAGCUAAUCAAUCCAAUUGCAUGGGGUCCGCUCGGCUCAGCAUGGGUAUGGAUGAAGCCUCGCGGCCUCGACUGGCUCUUGUCAGUCGCCUCGCCGCGGGCCGUAGUGCAGUGGCAAACCUUUGUAGACAAUUGCCUUGCGAAUCGCACACUGGUUCAGCAAGACUCGGAAAGAGACCCAAAACCUGAUAGCGAAGUUCGGAAGGACUUUUUCUACUGGCUUUUCAAGGCUGAGGAUCCUGAGACCGGCAAGCGUGGCUAUACCCUGGACGAGCUCUUCGGCGAAUGUGAUCUCCUUACUAUUGCUGGUUCUGACACGACGUCGAUAGUGCUUUCGAGUGCGUUCUUCUACCUCGCGCGACGACCGGACGUGCAGGCCAAGCUCGCAGAAGAGAUUCUCUCUACAUUCUCAAGCUAUGGUGAAAUUACAUCCGGCAGCAAGAUCGUCUCGUGCAAAUACCUCACCGCCUUCCUCGAAGAGGCCUUGCGUAUGACACCUCCUGUUUCCGCUGAGCCAGCCCGUGUGGUUCUUCGAGGUGGUACGACUGUAGACGGCCACUACAUUUCCGAGGGAUUGCACGUCAGCACUGGCUUAUAUUGCCUCAGCUUUAACAAGGAUGUUUACUCUGAGCCUUUUACAUUCCGGCCUGAGCGAUGGAUCGUAGCCAACGAGAGAAACCUGGGCUCUUCUGUUCAAGACGUUGCCAAAGCACAAAGUGCAUUCUGCGCUUUUUCUACUGGUUCCCGCGGCUGUGUUGGAAAGAACCUAGCUUGGCUGGAGAUGCGCAUCGUUAUUGCCAAAACUCUGUGGACGUUCGAAGUGAAGGCUGAUCCAACCAACAAGCUUGGGGGAGGCGACCCGCGAGGUAAACCAGGACGGCAGCGUGAGGAUGAAUACCAAACGUAUGAGAUGUUUGUAUCAAACCGCAAGGGUCCAAUGGUACACCUAAAGAAGAGGGUUCAUUGA